UUCUAUUCAUAAUUAAGUUCAGCAACGUAUAUUAAAGUGUUCUCUUUUAUGUUAUGUAUGAAAGUGAAUGUCUGUAUUUUCGUUUCUGAUAUUUAGGUUCCAUUUAAAUAAGUUUUUAACUAGUGUUUAACUAAUAGUUAAAAAUAUAAAAAUUUAUAUUGAUAUUGAAAAUAAGUAUAUUAUAAAUCGAUUAUUAAGAGUAAUAAUAGUUUUCUAAAAUAAUGGAAUCUCGGACAGAGUUUAAAAUAAAAUCUCCGCCAACUGAUGCAAUUUCAGCAGUAGAAUUUGGACCUAAUUCAACACAAUUCCUUCUUGUUUCCUCUUGGGACAGUACAGUGCGGCUGUAUGACAUUCAUGCAAAUACUAUGAGAUUAAAAUAUAAUCAUGAUUUGCCAGUUUUAGAUGUUGCAUUUCAGGAUGCUGUUCAUGCUUAUAGUGGUGGUUUAGGAAAUACAUUAAAGAUGUAUGAUAUCAAUAGUAAUACUGAAUCAGUUAUGGGAACACAUGAUAAACCAAUUAGGAAAAUUGAAUAUUGUGCUGCAGUAAAUGCAAUAUUAACUGGUGGGUGGGAUGCAGCAGUGAAACUUUGGGAUCCCAGAACACCCACUUGUGUAGGUAGUUAUUUACAACCUGAUGUCGUUCUUGCCUUGUCUGUAUGCGGAGAUAAAUUUGUAGUAGGUACAGCUAAACGCAAAGUUUGUAUUUGGGAUCUGAGAAAUAUGGCUGGUAUGUUUCAAAGACGUGAAAGCAGUUUGAAGUACCAGACACGUUGUAUUAAAGGUUUUCCUAAUGAACAGGGAUAUGUUCUUAGUAGUAUAGAGGGCCGUGUUGCUGUUGAAUACCUUGAUACAACACCAGAAGCACAGAAAAAGAAAUAUGCUUUUAAAUGUCAUAGGAUAAAGGAAAACAAUGUGGAGCACAUAUAUCCAGUGAAUGCUAUUAGUUUUCAUUCAACUUAUAAUACAUUUGCAACUGGUGGUUCAGAUGGUUAUGUAAAUAUUUGGGAUGGUUUUAACAAAAAACGUUUAUGUCAGUUUCACAGAUAUAAUGCUGGUGUUGCUGCACUUAGUUUUAGCCAUGAUGGUUCUGUGCUUGCCAUAGGAGUAUCAUAUUUGAAUGAAGCUGAAAUACCACCAGGUGGAAAUGAUGAGAGAGAAAUUUAUAUAAGAUAUGUGAAUGACCAAGAAACUAAACCAAAAUAAUAUUGUGUUAUUGUACAAAGUUUUUUACAGGAAAAAUAGAUUAAAAAUUUUUUAAUUAUAUUCUGCUUUAUUAAAGCAGUAAAAACUGGAUGUUAAAGCUUUUUCACAGAAAUUAAUAACCAUUUGUAAUAUAUAUAAUAACAGUGUUCUAUUUUACAUUUUUAUAUCUUAAACAAUUGACUGAUAAUUAGAAGCAAAAUCUACAAACGAGGUAAUAUCUGUUCAGAAUUACGAGACUAGUCAAAUUUUAAUAAAAUAUUUUUUGUAAACAUUAUUUUGUUUAUUUAAGAUAAUAAUAGACUUAUUCAGCAUUAUUUUACAUAUUAAAUAUUUGUAAAUUUUAUUGUUCA